AUGCCCACAGUCCGGAGCCUACACAUUGAUCUUGGGUAUGCUCGUGGCUGGUAUGAGGACGAAGAGUUCGGGCCCGCCUAUUACGACGUUUCCAAAGGAGACAAUCCUGGUAUCAAAUCUGUGAUUAUCGAUCUCAGUGUGAUAGUGUUGGAGAGUGUUGACGACAACGAUUUUGGGUUCCGUCUUUACAAUAGUCACUAUGACACGGCACAGAAGCUUGUCAGGAACCUCGCUGGGUUGUGCGAUUUGCAAAUACGCCUUUCGUACCGGAGUCCACCGAAUGCCUACCUGUAUGAGGAUAUGCAUUGGGAGCGCCUGGAGCCCACGUACGGCACACUCACAGGAUUACUGCAUAACGCGACUGUUGAGAGCGUCACAAUCGAUGCCGCAGACGUCAACUGGAGUCUAUACGAAGAAAUUAUCCAGCAGGUCACAUAUGCGCACACUUGGCGCGUCCAAGCUGAAUCAAUUGGUGGCUUCUACACCAACACUUCUGGCUCAGACAACUGGACUUUGUCAAAUCUGCCGAAUGUGCGUCGUCUCGUAUUGCCACAGGAGGCACUCAUUGGUACACACGCACAAGGAUGGCGGCCAGCACCACUGCCUGAGAAUGUGGAGGAAGUAGGGGUCAUUGACUCCACUCGCAUCCUCAAUCACUGGGCGAGAUAUGUUCUUGAGUAUCCAUCCGAAUAUCCGAACCUUAAGCGCAUCAGUCUCUGGUGCGACAGACUGGCCAUUUCCCUCUCGCCAGACCCACGACUUCGGCAGGUUCACGACUCUGUCGAUCACCCAGUGGCGCAAGAUACUAGCAGGAGUUCGGAAGAGAGCCCAGACGACGUUGAAGAUCCUUACUUUAGCGAACGCUUCUUUCAUCGCCUCGAUAGAGACUUAGAAGAAGCCAUAGAAGAAGAAGAUAAGUUGGGAGACGAAGAUGACAGAAUAUGGGAUGAGUUGCAGCGCGCCGGCAUCGAGGUGGUAAUCAAUCUCAAGCAAAAUAGGGGUUGGCGCCACACAUUGGAAUGA